CCGUCCCGUCCCGUCGCUGCCCUGUCCGCAGCCGAGCUUUAAGCUGCGCGUGAACUUAUUCCCGUGACUCAGGACGUGCCUCUGGGCUGAAACCUUACUGUUCACACAGAGUUAUCAAUCCACAGGGGAAUUGUAUAAGUUCAGAGACCUGACCAUAGAAGAGCUGAAGAAUGUUAGCAAGACCUACCCAAACUUCACAUUCUCCAUGAACACAUACACCUUCAAGGAUGGAUCCCAGAAGGACCUCCUGAAUUUUAGUGGUACUGUUCCAGUGAAAUAUGGUAAUUCCUAUAACAUACCUAUUCAGCUGUGGAUUCUGGAUUCUCAUCCCUUUGCUCCCCCCAUUUGCUUCUUGAAGCCAACUGCAAACAUGGGCAUUUCAGUGGGAAAGCAUGUGGAUGCGCAUGGCAGGAUUUAUUUGCCCUACCUGCAGAACUGGAGCCAUCCUAAAUCAACUGUCAUUGGGUUAAUCAAGGAAAUGAUUGCAAAAUUUGAGGAAGAGCUCCCUUUGUAUUCGCUGUCAUCCUCUGAUGCAGCCAGGCAAUCAGAACUUCUCUCCUACAUUGCAAAGAUUACAGAAGGAGACACUGACAUGAAAUCAAGGAGUAAAAUUGGAGGCAAAAAUGAAGGAUGUUUUAAUAAAAUUACUGUUGUUGGAGCUGGAGAUCUUGGCAUUGCAUGUGUGCUAGCAAUUGCAGCAAAGGGUGUUGCAGACAAGGUGAUUCUUUUGGAUCUUUCUGAAGGUGCAGCAAAAGGAGGGACCAUGGACUUGGAGAUCUUUGCUCUGCCAAAUGUGGAGAUCAGCAGAGAUUUUUCUGCUUCUGCUGAUUCAAAAGUUGUGAUAGUUACAGUUAAUUCUCUGGGUAAUGCUCAGACUUACCUCGAUGUCAUACAAAGCAAUGUGGAUUUGUUCAAAGGAAUUAUUCCAGCAAUAUCACACUACAGUCAGAAUGCUGUUCUCCUUGUUGCUUCUCAUCCAGUUGAAGUAAUGACAUACGUGGCGUGGAAGCUGAGCGUGUUUCCCAAAAGCAGAGUGAUUGGAGUAGGUGCCAACCUUGACUCUGAGAGAUUUCAGUACAUACUGACAAACCUUUUGAAAGCAGAGGUGCUGGCAAAAGAUGCCUGGGUUAUUGGUGAACAAGGGGAAGACAAAGUAUCAUCGUGGACCAGUUAUAAUUUAGUUGCAAAUCAAAUGGAAGGAAUGGCUGCUCGUAACUCGAGGGAAAAGGUGGCCAACAGAGCUAUGGAAGUUCUAAAGGGAAAAGGUCAGAGAUCUUGGUCUGUUGGGCUCUCAGUUGCUGAUUUGACUGACAGCAUUCUGAAAGAUAAAAGAAAGAUUCAUUCUGUAUCCACUCUGGCAAAGGGAUGUUGCAACAUAAACAGUGAAGUGUUCUUAAGCCUCCCGUGUAUCCUUGGAACUGGGGGAGUGAUUGAAAUGGUCAAACUGGAAGAAGACCCAGUGGUGCAAGAGAAACUGCAGAGCAGCGCAGGGUCCAUUCAUGACCUUCAGCAGCAGCUGAAGCUUAUAAGUAUAGAGACCUAACUAUACAGGAGACAACCAGUGUUAUUACUCAAUACAAGGACCUCAAACCUGUCAUGGAUUCAUAUGUUUUUAACGAUGGUUCCUCUAGGGAGUUGAUGAGCCUCAGUGGAACCAUUCCCGUG